AAAGAUGGAUAUAACACCGCUAUUUAAAGCUUGUAUAAAAACGGUGAAGACGAGGAACAAGGCUUUUGGCAUACAAAGUCCCGUUAGUGAAGAUAAACAGCGUAUAUUGCGAACUAAGCCGAAGACUGGUUUUAUGACUACAGCUAAGGAUAUAACUUCUCAAAUAACUCGAUUGAGGGAUUUUCUUUUAGAACACAGAGAAAGGUACUUGAGCUUUUUCAAUAGUGACACUUCGGAUGAAAUGACAGAAGCGGAAAGGGAUCAAAUCGACACGGGCGCGCAGCGCAUUAUAAACACAUGUUCCCAUCUUUUAAAAGAGUUCCGAAACGAUAACCGUAAGCUAUCCGUGCCGCUACAGACUCGAGAGUAUAUGGACUCCGUCAUCGACCUAAUUGACGCGUAUUUAAAAGCAGUCUGUAAAAUCCACAGUGAAUUAAAAGCUUUACGUGUAAAACGGGCACUUGAUAUUCGGAAACUAUCACGUUUGGAACUUCCACAAACUAAAUCUAACAUUCCUAAUCCUUUUAUACGUGACAAACUUGUAGAGAAAGAAAAGGAAACAGAAAUAACAGAGGAAAAUAAAGAAGACAUGGAUAAUGGGAAAACAAAUUUAAAUUUGUCAGAGAAUGAAGUUGCAAUAAUGUCGGAUGAGGGCGAACUUAGUACAGAAGAACUGCAGAUGUUUGAAUCAGAGAACUUACAACUGCUGAAUGAGCUUAAUAGUAUGACUGAGGAAGUUAGGCAGAUUGAGAGUAAAGUAUUGCAUAUUGCUGAACUACAGGAAAUAUUUACUGAAAAGGUUCUCCAACAAGAACAAGACAUCGACCGAAUAGCGAACACGGUUGUGGGCGCCACGGAGAACGUCAAAGACGCCAAUGACCAAAUCAAGCAAGCUAUUCAGCGAAAUGCUGGAUUGCGAGUCUACAUUCUAUUCUUUUUACUAGUUAUGUCAUUCACUCUGCUAUUCUUGGACUGGUAUAAUGAUUAAAUGUA